CGAAGAUGAACACGCUUGUUUCCUCAUCGUUGCCAGCUUGAGCUUCUCGUUUCCUCUCCCUACUCUCAUCUAUGUGCCAUGGCAGCGCCUCUGGUGCUCGCACGCACCGUUGCCGCUCGAGCCUUUAGGCUUAAUCCGUUGCUGUUUUCUGUCCUGAUCCUUUCCGUGUUUCUUUUCUGGUCGUACCGCGGGCCGGUCCAGCAACAAUGGCAUUCUAUGAAGCUGCCGCAGACUUCCCCCCACCUCACCAGUCAUCCAGUGGAUGUCCUGGUUGAUCACUACAAGAAAAAAUUUGAAAGAAUGCUAGAAAGCCAGUCCUCGACUCUUGAGGAGGCCACAGCUAAAUACCAAGAGAGAUAUCACCGCCCACCACCUCCGGGGUUUGACCACUGGUUCGAAUUCGCGAAGAAACAGAAUUCCACCAUCAUCGAUGAUUUCGACACCAUCGAGGAAUCAGUGCAGUACCUUCAAUCCGCCCGUCCAGAGCAACUCCGAAAUGCAGUCAGGAGUGCCGCUUCAGCCGCCAAUGCAAAGGCAUGCUCAUGGACCACACGCGACGGUCGGCCGAAUCUUAUGCAAUGCGACUGGAUGGGCCGUGAGGUGGAGAAGGUGUUGGCAUUGGUGCAGGACCCGCUUCCCGACACCGAGCUUCUCCUGAAUUCUCUCGAUGAGCCGAGGGUGAUAUCCCCGGUGGGGACUUCCAACGACGAUCAAAUCCCCGCAUGGAUCGAUGCGUCGCGCAAGUCGAUUUGGGACAGAGUGACCCAAAUCUGCCAGGACCGAAAAGCAGAACCAUCGAAGAAUGCCGGGUUGAAUCAGAAGACUGGGAUCGGGUCGUUGAAAUUCGUCACGGAUGUCGAGGAUGCCAAGGACCUCUGCAAACAUCCCGAAUAUGCGAACAUGCAUGGCUUUUUCCAAGCGCCGACCACGUUCCUGUUUACAGACUCUGUGGUGCCAGUACUCUCAAAUGCGCGGCCUUCGACAUUCCGAGAUAUCUUGUACCCGCCUCCAUAUUACAUAGGCGUGAAGGACAUGAAACCUUACAACGAAGCCGAGGAUCCAGACUGGGAACUAAAACGACCACAGCUCUACUGGGCCGGCUCGACAACGGGCAGCUACGCCAGCGCUUCGAGCGACACCUGGCGCUCGUCGCAUCGCCAAAGGUUCGUGGCGCGGGUGAAUCAGCUGUCCAACGAGUCGGCGACGUUCCUUACCGAGACGAGCCGCGGAGUGUGGGAGCCAUUCACUUCCCAAGACGUCUCUCCCCAGCUGUACGACGUGAAAUUCACAAACGUCGUCCAGUGCGAGGAGUCGCAAUGUAUCCAGAUCAACGACUAUUUCCACCCCUCGGAGAAGGAAGAGCGGAGCACCAGCUUCCAUUACCGGUUCCUGUUCGAUCUCGACGGCAACUCGUUUUCGGGCCGAUACUACACGCUGCUGGAAAGCAAGAGCGUCGUCCUGAAGCAAACCAUCUUCAAGGAGUGGCACGAUGACCGCCUGGUUCCCUGGGUCCAUUAUAUCCCCGUGAGUAUGGACAUGGGCGAACUGCCGGAAUUGAUGCGCUACCUUGCGCUCACGGAACGUGGUAGCAGGAUCUCCAAGGACAUUGCGAAUGCCGGGCGAGACUGGCUAAGGAAGGUCCUGAGGAAAGAGGAUGCUGCUGUUUAUAUGUACCGUCUGUUGCUCGAGCUUGGAAGGCUGAUGAACCCCCCGCCGUGAGCAAAACACCUUGGGAUUGGAAAUUGUUAGGACAGACAAGACAGACGAGCAUGGGCCAUAUCCAAGGACUGUGCCUACGAAGGUCAUGGCUGCAUAUAGCACCGGCCAUGGCAGAGCUCCGCCCGCCCAUACCGCCACGUUCAGUGCAGCCAUCUGGGCCGUGCAAAAAGAUUAUCCCUUCCGAGGGAGACCCGCACUCGAAUAUCACGAGUUACGAAGGAAGCGAAGGGUCCAUGAGAGGUUGGGCUGGUUGAAGAAUGUCAUGGUGUGAUGAGGAGGAGGCUUGCUAGCCCAGGCCUGCAUACAGCUCUCUAGGCGGCAUAUUUCUCCUAAGAGUAACUGUGUAGAGUAGCUUAAAAUAGUGUACUAUAUAGAGGAUACAUUAGAAGACGUAGAUUUCUGUAAUAAUUCGCUUCGAAGCAGCAGCA